GCCUGCCACUGUAGUGCCGGGGUGCUCGUGGUGGAGGCGGUGUGUUGCUUUUUAUUGUUCCAGUAGAAAGCUCAAUGCACGGUUUCCCACAUUUGUUUCAAUGGCUGCCACUCAGAAACCACGUCCCACCUGAGAGGGAGCGGUUCGGCUGCGAGCAGAGGACUCACUAACCCAAACUUAGCGGCAGCACAGCACUGUGUGGGAUUUACCGUCUGCGCUGGAAAUAAAAGCUCUUACUGACGGACAAUCUGUGGAUCCUGAAGAAAGACGGGGACGUGAACAGCGUCUGGCACCAUGGUCGAACCAGCCGACAGGCCGUCUGCAACCGGACAGAGGCUCUGCGCCCCUGAAAGUUUUGGGGUGUCCACCCUGGAGCCAGGCCUGCGUCCUCCUGCUCAGCCUCCAGGGCGACAAGUCUCCAUAAGGGUUCAGUUGCUCGAUGACACACAGGAAGUCUUCCAGAUAUCGCAACGCUCCCCCGGCAAAGUGCUGUUUGACCUGAUUUGUGUCCAUCUCAACCUGGCAGAGGGAGACUACUUUGGACUGGAGUACCAGGACCAGCGCAAGAUGACUGUGUGGCUGGACCUGCUGAAGCCCACACUGAAACAGAUCAGACGGCCUAAAAACACCAUCCUUCGUUUUGUGGUGAAGUUCUUCCCUCCUGACCACACACAGCUCUUGGAGGAGCUGACUCGGUAUCUGUUUGCCCUGCAGAUUAAACGUGACCUGGCCUGUGGUCGUCUCAUCUGUAACGACACCAGCGCUGCUCUCAUGGUCUCCCACAUCAUCCAGUCCGAGAUAGGAGAUUUCGAUGAGACCCAGAGCUGGCAGCAUCUCCUCCACAAUAAGUACCUGCCCGACCAGGACGCCAUCAGAGACAAGAUCACUGACUGUCACAGCAAGCAUGUCGGGCAGACUCCUGCAGAGUCAGACUACCAGCUGCUGGAAAUCGCUCGGCGGUUGGAGAUGUACGGUGUUCGUCUGCACCCAGCCAAGGACCGGGAGGGCACUAAGCUCAGUCUGGCUGUGGCGCACACUGGGGUGCUGGUAUUCCAGGGGUACACAAAAAUUAACGCCUUCAACUGGUCCAAGGUUCGCAAGCUCAGCUUCAAACGCAAAAGGUUUCUAAUUAAGCUGAGAGCAGACCCCACUCAGAAUGCCCACCACGACACGCUGGAGUUUGCCAUGGCCAGCAGGGAUUGCUGUAAGGUCUUCUGGAAGAUCUGUGUAGAGUAUCACGCCUUCUUCAGGCUCUUCGAGGAGCCCAAGCCCAAACCCAAGCCCAUCCUCUUCACCAGAGGAUCCUCAUUCCGGUUCAGUGGUCGAACCCAGAAGCAGAUCAUCGAUUAUGUGAAAGACUCGGAGCUCAAGAAAGUUCCAUUUGAAAGGAAGCACAGUAAGAUUCUGUCCAAUAGCAGCAUGUCCCCUCAGUCGUCUUCCUUCAGAUCACAAGUGCCAAAAGAGAGUGCCAUGUCUGUCCAGUUAGCAGACCAGCCUGACUCAGCCAGACUGGGCCAUCCAGCUGAGUCUAAUGGUUCAGAGGAGCCGCCAGCGGCCACAUCCUCCACCAACCGCUUCCACGAUGUACCAGCAGCGCCCGGCUCAGACCCGACUCAGUCCCGACAGAACCACCACGGCACCGGAUCAGCGCCGGACCCACAGUUCCUCAACCCAGAAAGUCCCGGUUCAGACGACUCUCCAGUGGGAAGUCCCCAUGUGGUCGUUAACGGCAACGGCGCAGAAAAUGGACAGGGGAUGGGCAGCACCGGCGUCCUGGGUCUAGGUCAGAGUCCUGAGGGACGGCAGCUAUCGCCUCUCACCAGCCCACUGCUCACUGACGCAGGAUGUGUCCGCAACGAUGAUGAAGAGGAGGCGAGGAGGAAGAAGUUUCCCACAGACAAGGCCUACUUCAUAGCCAAGGAACUGUUGACCACAGAGCGGACCUACCUCAAAGACCUGCAGGUCAUCACAGAGUCCUUCGAGAGUGGGGUGGGGAAAGAUGAGGCCUUCCCAGACUCUGUUAAGAACCUGAUCUCCACCAGCUACGAUCCGGUCUACAAGUUUCACCAGGGAUUCCUCAAAGAGGUGGAGCAGCGGCUGGCACAGUGGGAGGGUCGAUCUAACGCCCACAUUAAAGGAGAUUAUCAACGAAUUGGUGACAUUCUCUUGAAGAACAUUCAGGGUCUUAGGCAGUUGACAGUUCAUCUUCAGAAACAUUCAGAGUGCCUGGUCGAACUGGAACGGGCCUGCAGGUCCAGUCGGAAGGCGGAGGCUCUGUGUCGAGACUUUGAGCAGCAGAGGGUUUGCUACCUGCCCUUCAACAUCUUCCUCCUCAGGCCUCUCCACCGCCUGCUGCACUACAAACUCAUCCUGGAGAGGCUCUGCAAGCACUACCCGCCCACCCACGACGAUUUCAGGGACUGUAGAGCGGCCCUGGCGGACAUCUCAGAGAUGGUGCUGCAGCUCCAAGGCACCAUGAUGAAGAUGGAGAACUUCCAGAAGCUUCUAGAGCUGAAGAAAGAUCUGACCGGCAUCGACAACCUCGCCAUCCCCGGGAGGGAGUUCAUCAGGCUCGGCUGCCUCAGCAAGCUCUCAGGGAAGGGCCUUCAGCAGAGGAUGUUUUUCCUGUUCAGUGAUUCCUUGGUAUACACCAGUCGAGGCAUGACCCCGUCCAACCAGUUUAAAGUUCAUGGCCAGCUGCCCUUGUAUGGCAUGACGAUCAGAGAAAGUGAGGAGGAGUGGGGAGUCCCUCAUUCGUUCACCUUGUUUGGACAGCGCCAGUCUGUGGUGGUGGCAGCCAGCUGUGCGUCAGAGAUGGAGCGGUGGGUGGAGGACAUCAGGAUGGCCAUUGACCUGGCAGAGCAGAGCAGCAGCCCAAACACUGACCUGCUGUCCACCAGCCUCUCUGACAACAAGCUGUCGGAGGAUGGCGGGGCUGAGCUGGAGUCGGAGGAGGAGCUCUGCGGCUCGCGCUCGUCCCUGGAGCGUCAGGGUCACCGUGGUAACACCACCGUGCACGUCUGCUGGCAUCGCAACACCAGCGUGUCCAUGGUGGACUUUAGUGUUGCUGUGGAGAACCAGCUGUCUGGUAACCUGCUGAGGAAGUUUAAGAACAGCAAUGGCUGGCAGAAACUCUGGGUGGUCUUCACCAACUUCAGCCUCUUCUUCUACAAGUCACACCAGGACGACUACCCUCUGGCCAGCCUUCCUCUGCUGGGCUACUCUGUCACCGUCCCGUCUGAGUCGGAGAACAUCCACAAAGACUACGUCUUCAAACUCCACUUUAAAUCCCACGUCUACUACUUCAGAUCAGAGAGCGAGUACACCUUUGAGAGGUGGAUGGAGGUGAUCCGCAGCGCCACCUGCUCUGCCAGCCGCUCGCUGCCGAGCACCAGGAAAGACCUUUACUGAUGAACCUGCCUCCCUCUGCCCCCCCUGCACAGAGACUUCAGGCUGCACAAACACAAGAAAAUACUCUUAUUAUUGUUGAUUUACACACACACACACACGUCACUCAGAGGUCCUCCCACUUCACCUCCUGUACCCCACCCUCUUACUACACACUUUCUGCACCACUAGUGUCUAAAUAGAGACAAACUGUCUGUGAUGGCAUUUGUCCACGACGUGAUUCAUAAUGUAAUUUCAUUUUUUUCUACGCCAAACUGGCAGCAGUUUUCCUUUACAGACUUUUUAUUUUUUUGUUUGUGCCAUUGAGUGUUGUUCACAUGCACACAUAUGGAUUUAAUAUUCACCCCAACAACAUAUCCUGUUUACAGUAAGAAUGAUUUUAUCUUUAUGAUAAACCUGAAUGAAACAUGUGGGAUUUACCAGAAGUAUUUGGGACACUGAAGCAUGAGUUUGUGCACCAUAUUGUAUUUGCGUUUUAUAUGUUUCCUUGGUAAAUAUUCCUGUACAACGACACGUUUGUGCUGAGAAUUAAAAUAAUGUAUAUAAAAUGCUUGAAUAAGACCUAAACCAGGAUUUUAAACUAUAUGUGGAAAACUGCAUGUGAACACACUCAUGGUGAUGAGAGUAUUUUUGUUUGUAUGACAAUCUAUAUAUAAUUUAGAUGAAUUCGAUGUGAUGCCAGUUUGGACACAAUUAGAAAACAUCCAUCUUUUCCUUUUUUGUAAGGUAACUUUUUGUACAGUACUUUGAUACACUGUGAAAUGUUCUGUUUUUUCACGUUUUCCCUGUAAGUUUAGUUUUGUUUAAAAGGACAAAUGACUUCCAAACUGCUUCCAACGCCAACAGAGAUUUCACUGGUUUGUUUGCCAAAUACCUUCUCUUCUGUACUCUAGUUUUCUGGAUUUUACUAUUCUAAAUAAAGAUGAGAAAAGAUUGUGUUCAUAUGAAAAGACAA